AUGGAAAACAGCUACACCGUUGAUGGUCACCGUCUUCAAUAUUCCGUUCCGUUAAGCUCCAUGCAUGAAACCAGUCAAAACUCCGAAACUUACGGAUUAUCCAAAGAGUCGCCGUUGGUCUGCAUGCCCUUGUUCGAAACCAACACUACUUCAUUCGAUAUCUCUUCUCUUUUCUCGUUUAACCCAAAACCAGAACCCGAAAACACGCAUCGUGUCAUGGACGAUUCCAUCGCCGCCGUCGUGGGCGAAAACGUUCUUUUCGGUGAUAAAAACAAAGUCUCUGAUCACUUGACCAAAGAAGGUGGUGUGAAGCGGGGGCGGAAGAUGCCGCAGAAGACCGGAGGAUUCAUGGGAGUGAGAAAACGGCCGUGGGGGAGAUGGUCGGCGGAGAUAAGAGACAGGAUAGGGCGGUGCAGACACUGGUUAGGAACGUUCGACACGGCGGAAGAGGCAGCGCGUGCGUAUGACGCGGCGGCGAGGAGGCUUAGAGGGACCAAAGCCAAGACCAAUUUCGUGAUUCCUCCGCUUUUUCCCAAGGAAAUAGCUCAGGCUCAGGAGGAUAAUAGGAUGAGGCAGAAGCAGAAGAAGAAGAAGAAGAAAAAAGUGAGUGUGAGGAAGUGUGUUAAAGUCACAUCGGUUGCACAGUUGUUCGAUGAUGCCAAUUUUAUAAAUUCUUCUAGUAUUAAAGGAAAUGUGAUUAGUUCUAUUGAUAAUCUUGAAAAAAUGGGUCUAGAGCUUGAUUUGAGUUUAGGGUUGUUGUCUAGGAAGUGA